AUGUCUGAUGUAAAGAGCAAAGUGGAUGACACUCAGAUGUCGCAAGAGAAAAGAAACAUCAAAUUCACACAAAAGGGUUUGGAGUUUUAUAUUAAAACAUGUCAAGAAAGCCGAAGUUUAAAGUGUAAGCAAGCUUCAAAAUUUAUGGAGAAAAUCUCCGCAUCAAUGACGUCACAAGAAAAUGUUAAAAAGGUGUCUUCUGACUUUGUCAAAUUUAUUAAAUGCUAUCAAGAUGCAACCGAUUUACAUGAAUCCUUUUUAAACUUGCCAUUACCAGAAGAAGAAGUGAAAAGACAAACUGCGUAUUUUCAGUCCAAGGUGACGGCAUUCUCUGAUUUUAUGGACAAUGUAAAGGUUUGGUUGCAUGAAGCAGGAUAUCCAUAUACUGAACAGAAAAAUAAUGUUGAUGAUGAUCAGGUUGCUGCUGAUCAGGAUGAAAUAAACCCUGAAGACAGUGUCUCUAAUGUUUCAAGUGUAAAGCCACGUUCAAAAACAUCUUCACAGCAGUCUCGGACUUCAUCUACCUCCUCUGCACGCAUUAAAGCCGCGGCUGAAAAGGCAGCGCUCAUGGAGAGAUUUGCCGCAUUGGACAAAAGACAUCUGAUCGAAACUCAAGAGGAAGAACUGAGAAAAGAAAAGGAAAAACUGAGAAGAGAAAAAGAAAAAUUAGAUUUGGAAACAGAGUUGGCAGCAACUAAUGCAAAACUUAAUGUUUUAAACAUGAAUUCAGUUGCUGGUUCUAAACAAUCCGAUGGCAUGAACUCUUAUUUUGAAAGAGCCAAAGUAAAGGACACGCUCUUGUUAAAUUCUCGUGCUAAUGAGUUUGUUCCGAAUGAAAGGGCAAAUUCUUCAUCUGUCUCUCCUGUUGUUAGACCUAAACAGAGGCAGAAACAAUUUCAAAAUGACCAGAUGAGAGUAAAUGUUGAUUCUUCAACUCGAGCAACACAGCAAACGCAAUUUCAAUUUCCGUCUUUGACCGAGGACUGUCAGAAUGACAUGGUGAACAUCAUGCAAAGACAAAAUGACAUCACUGCCUUACUUGUAAAACAAAACUUAUCGUCUGUUCUCCCAUCCAGAAACAUCCCUGUGUUUGAUGGGGACCCCCUGCAGUACAGAUCAUUUAUGAAUGCUUUUGAGAACGGAGUGGAAGCUAAAACUGACAACUCGAGUGACUGUUUGCACUUCUUGGAGCAGUUCACUAGGGGGCAGCCUAAAGAUCUGGUGCAUAGCUGUCAGCACUUACCUCCUGAUCAAGGUUAUUCUAAAGCCAAAUAUCUUCUUGAAGAACAUUUUGGAAAUGAAAAUAAAAUUGCUUCUGCAUAUAUGGAGAAGAUUAUGAGUUGGACACCAAUAAAAGGUGAUGAUGUGAAAAGUCUUCAAUCAUUCUCUCUUUUCCUUCAAGGUUGUUCAAAUUUAACACAACAAAUUGUUUACAUGAAAGAGUUGGAUUUACCUUUAAAUAUGAGAACGAUCGUCAUGAAACUCCCAUACAAACUGAGGGAAAAAUGGAGAGUUACUGCAUAUGAGCUGCAGGAACAAAAUGGCCACCGAGCGUUGUUCACUGAUCUGGUUGCUUUCAUAGUAAAAGAAGUAAAAGUAGCAUCAGAUCCAGUGUUUGGCAACAUCCAAGACCCACCAACUGUGAGCAACUCUAAAGUUUCAAGUUCCAACAAGCAAAGGAAAAGAGGAAGCAGUUUUGCCACUAAUGUCAGCACAAUUCCAGAAGCCAGAACUCAAUCGACUGAAAACAAGACCAAGUCUACUGUUCUUCACAGCUGCUUGUUUUGUUUACAAAGAAAUCAUCUAUUGGAAAACUGUAUGCAGUUUAAAGCUAAAAUGCAUCGGGACAAGUUGACCUUCAUUAAACAAAAGGGGAUUUGUUUCGGUUGUUUGAAAGUUGGUCACACAAGCAAAGACUGCAGGAGUCGUUUGGAUUGCAACGUGUGUCACCAAAAGCAUCCAGGGGUUCUUCACAUAGAGCAAAAGGAGCCAGGAGCCUCUUCAGAACAAACCCAACAGACAACAAGGUCUCAUGUCAACUUUUCAACUGCAACCACUCAGACAUGUGGGCAUAUUGGGGCCGGUCAUAAUGAUGAUGCUGUUUUUUCUAUUGUUGCAGUUAAAGUUAAAAGUCAAAAGAGCAACAAAGUUGUACAAACUUAUGCAUUUCUUGAUCCAGGAAGUUCAGGUACGUUUUGUACAGAAACUCUGGCAAAAAGUCUGAACUUAAAGGGCAAAAGGACAAAUAUUCUGCUGAGAACAAUGAAUCAAAAUAAGAUUGUUAAUGUACAAGUUUUGUCUGGUUUGGAAAUCUCUGAAUUGAAAACAAAUGAUUUCAUAGCAUUGCCAGAUGUUUUGACUCAAAGGACUAUGCCAGUUUCUACACUGAAUAUUCCCCAGCAAAAGGACAUUGAUCAGUGGCCUCAUCUUAAACCUGUUAAGCUUCAUAACAUCAAUGCAGAUGUGCAACUAUUGAUAGGAACUGAUGCUUCAAAUGUUUUAGAGCCCUGGGAGGUGAUAAACAGUGUGGAUGGUGGGCCUUAUGCUGUAAAAACUAAAGUUGGCUGGGUCAUAAAUGGUCCUCUGCGCACUGGAAACAGCAGAAAUAAAAAUAUCUGCACUGCUGUAACAGCCAACAGGAUCUCUGUUGAACAUCUUAAAGAAAUGCUGGUCAAUCAGUACAAUCAUGACUUUAAUGAAAGAUCAUCAGAGGAGAAAACUGAAAUGUCCAGAGAGGAUUUGCAUUUUAUGAAGAUUGUUAAUAACUCAACAAAACUUGUUGGAAGUCAUUAUCAUAUUGACUUACCUUUCAGGAGUGAAAGUCCCAGCUUGCCAAAUAACAUCUGUGUUGCAGAGCAGCGCCUUCAGAGCCUCAGGAGGAGAUUUGAAAAGGAUUCUCAAUACAAGGAGGAAUAUACUGCAUGUGUGAACAACAUGCUGCAACAAGGAUAUGCUGAGGCUGUACUAGCAGAUGAGCUACAGAAAGGUAAUGGACAACUGUGGUACAUUCCUCAUCAUGGAGUGCAUCAUCCCACAAAAGGCAAGUUAAGAGUUGUAUUUGAUUGUGGAUCAACUUAUAAAGGAGCAUCACUGAACAGUCAGCUUCUGCAGGGACCUGACCUCACAAACUCUCUGGUUGGAGUUCUCAUCAGAUUUAGAAAAGAGCCUGUUGCACUAAUGGCUGACAUCGAUGCCAUGUUUCACCAAGUGUAUGUCUCUGAGAAACAUGUCAACUUUCUCCGUUUCCUGUGGUGGAAACAUGGUGACACUUCAAAACCUGCAAAGGAGUUCAGGAUGUUGGUUCAUUUAUUUGGAGCAGUGUCUUCACCAAGCUGUGCAAAUUAUGCUCUGCAAAGAACUGCUGAUGAUAACAUACAACAGUUUCCAGCUGAAGUGGUUGAUACAAUCAAAAAUAACUUUUAUGUGGAUGACUGUCUAAAAUCUGUUCCCACAGAAGAAGAUGCAGUGCACAUGGUGAAGAUGCUGACAGAGCUCUGCUCUAAAGGAGGAUUCAUGCUUUCAAAGUGGGUAAGCAACAGUCGCACAGUGCUCAUGUCAAUCCCAGAGGAAAGGAGAGCAAAAGAAAUUAAAAGCCUGGAUUUGGACCAAGAUCAACUUCCAGUCGAGAGAGUAUUGGGUUUACAGUGGAGCAUUGAAACUGAUGAGUUCAAGUUCAGAACAUCUGUGCAGGACCGCCCACAUACCAGAAGGGGCAUUUUGUCUGUAGUUAGCUCACUGUAUGAGCCUUUGGGAAUGCUGGCUCCCUUCAGUAUGCCAGCUAAACUAUUACUGCAAGAUCUUUGUCAACAGAAUUUGAAGUGGGAUGAAGUUAUUCCCCAUUCUCUUUCUAGGAAGUGGCUUGAUUGGCUGGAGGAUCUCCAGCUGAUAUCCAGUUUUAAAGUAGACCGUUGCAUCAAACCAAGUUGCAUCAGAAAACCAGAUAAAGCACAACUUCAUCAUUUCUCUGACGCAAGUCAAGAUGGCUAUGGAACAGUGUCAUAUUUAAAACUGGAAAAGAAUAACAUCUCACAUGUUGCUUUCAUUCUAGGAAAAGCAAGAGUUGCUCCUUUGAAGCAAACUACAAUCCCCAGGUUGGAACUGACAGCUGCUGUUCUUGCUGUCCGAGUGAAUAAACUGCUGCAAAAGGAACUGCAACUACAAUUGGAAAAACCUGUUUUCUGGACUGAUAGUACAACGGUACUAAAAUACAUCUCCAGUGAAACCAGAAGAUUUCACACCUUUGUUGCAAACAGAAUCUCUGUCAUCCGAGAAGCAACAGACGUGAAUCAGUGGAGAUAUGUUUCCUCCAAGGAGAAUCCUGCAGAUGAUGCAUCCAGAGGCAUGACAGCUGAGGAGUUCCUCAAAUGCAGGAGGUGGAUAAAUGGGCCUGAAUUUCUCCACAGAUCAGAAGAGGAAUGGCCUAAACUGGAUGUGGAUCACCAUGCAAUUCCUGCAGAUGAUCCAGAGGUCAAAAGGGACCUAACAGUGAGUGUUAUUGUGAAUGAAUCACAAAAUGCUACAAACUAUCUGAUUCAUUAUUUUUCAUCUUGGACAAAGCUUAAAACCUCUGUUGCCUGGUUUUUAAAGCUGAAGAACAUCUUGAUGUUGUUGCAACAGAAAAGGAAAGAGUUUGCUGCUGCAGACCUGAAUAACAAUAAUCCAGAAAAUCAAAAGAAAGAAUUGGAAAAGCAGAUGGAAAGGUUCAAGACCACUCUGAAGAAAGAAUAUCUGAUUCCUGAAGACUUGGCCAAGGCAGAACUAUCUAUUGUUCGGUUUGCACAACAGCAGAAAUUUACAACUGAAAUUGCUUUAAUCAACAGUGGGCUUAAAGCAGUAUCCAUGAAAAGUUCUCUAUACAAACCUGACCCAGUAUUGGAUGCUGGGGUCCUCAGAGUGGGUGGCAGGUUGAAUAAAACAGCCAUGCCUGUUGAAGCAAAGCAUCCUGUAAUUUUGACAAAGGAUAUGUAUGUAUCUAACCUGAUUUUACGCCAUAUUCAUCAACAGUUGGGACAUGCAGGAAGAGCUCAUAUGCUGUCAAGAUUAAGACAAAAAUACUGGAUAAUAAAUGCUAAUUCAGCUGCCAGAAAAAUCAUCUCUCAUUGUGUUGUUUGCAGACGUAACAGAGGAAAGUUUGUUGAACAAAAGAUGGCAGAUCUGCCAGAAGAAAGAGUUCUGCCAUCCACCGCUCCCUUCACAAAUGUUGGAGUGGAUUACUUUGGUCCUGUAAGUGUUAAAAGAGGACGAAGUCUCCUGAAAAGGUUUAUCUGUAGAAGAGGCCCAGUUUCAACCAUCAGGUCUGAUAAUGCCACAAAUUUUGUUGGUGCAAAUCGAGAGUUGAAAGAGAGUUUGGCUGAACUGAACCAUGCUAAAAUUCAAAAUGCUUUUGUGCAAGACGGAAUCAAAUGGAACUUUAACAUCCCAGCAGCCUCUCACCAAGGUGGAGUUUGGGAGCGUCUGAUUCGUUCCAUAAGAAGUAUUUUAGUCUCAGUUCUUAAAGAACAAGUCUUGGAUGAUGAAGGGCUUCAAACAGUCUUUUGUGAAGUUGAAUCCAUAUUAAACGACAGACCCAUUACUAAAGUUUCAGAUGACUCAAAUGAUCUUGAGGCACUCACACCCAAUCACUUGUUGUUGAUGAAAAACAAACCAGUUUUGCCACCAGGAUUGUUCAAUAAAAAAGAUCUUUAUGUCAGGAAAAGGUGGAAACAGGUACAAUAUAUGGCAGAGCUGUUCUGGAAAAGAUGGCUUUCUGAAUAUUUACCUUUGAUGCAGGAAAGACAAAAAUGGACAAGAACUAAAAGAUGUCUCAUUCCUGGAGAUGUUGUCUUAAUUGCAGACUCUACAGCUCCAAGAGGAUCAUGGAUGAUGGCCAAAGUUUUGAGUGUAAACCAGGACGGACAGGGCUUGGUGCGUUCAGUGCAACUGCAAACCAAGACCAGUGUGUUGGAAAGACCUGUGACCAAACUUCUGUUGCUACUGGAAGCAUCACCCUGAGGAAUUGAGGACAUGUUUGAAGGAAUAGCUCCUUUUCCUUUUAAAGUAAUUGUGAGAAUAUUCACAAUUAGGGGCCGGAGUGUUGGAGCUAUUUAUUCUUGAUUUCUUUAUUCAUUUGAAUUUUGUUAGCUAAUUCUUAAGUGUAUGUUUUUUGUAUUAUUUACAGUAUUUAUUUGCAGGUUAAUAAUUGUUGAUUCUAUUUAAUUUUUUGUUUUAUUAUUUUUUCUUAUUCAUUUUGAGUUAGACAGGAAGUCAUGUGGGUCAGUCCACUUUUCUAUAAGUAUAGGGGCCUGGUAAAGGACCAGCAGGCAUUUGGGUUUGGGGCCUAUGGUUUUUACCAGUGCAAAAGAUCAGAGCAAGAGAACAGUGCAAAAGAACAGAGCAAGAGAGCAGAGUAAGAUUGACAGAAUGAGAACAAAGGAAAGUUUGAACUCUGUAAUUGUUGCUGAAAAGAACAUUAAACCUUCCUGAACAAUCUACAAGUUUGGACAUUACAUCUCCUUUUGCCUGCGUACAGAAACUGGACCCCAGUGCCUCUUAGUGGCUUGAGGAACUUUUAUUGGAUGUUUGGUUUGACAAACAAUCGCCACUACAAAAUGCUUCAAAUAUUUUGGGUGAUUGUUAAAAAAAUAAUUUUAAUUUGUCUUUUCCUCUGGUUGUAUUUUCUGUGCUUCUCAGCCAUUCUAAGGGGUAAUAUUCUGAAGACUGUGGUGUGUAUUUUUUUAAAAAUGCUUUUGAUUGUGGUUGUUAUUAUGUGGUCAUUAUUCUCCCACAGCCUGUGGGAGAAUAAUGACCACAGGUUUAGGAAAUGCAAAAAGAAAAAAAAAUCUGUUGUGUUUUCUAGGUGGAUUCAUUAAAGGAUUUAGGAGCUAUUGUGGGUCUACUUCGAGCUUCAGAGCUGUAGGUUGAAGACCGCUCUCUUACAAGAAAUGAAGCAUGUAAAUGGAAGAAACGUUUAUGGGUUAGGAUUUUUAAAAUCCUUUUUCUAUGGGUUUUUUUUUUUUUUUUUAAAUGGCGGAGAGAAUAGGAGCAUAGUCAGCCAGUUCCCCAGAGUCGGGUAAAAAAUCCCCACAAUGAAAUAGGAACUUGAUAGACAAAACUAAGGCAGGAGUGGGAUAAGCAAGAGAAGAAGCCGGAAAAACUAUAAAAAAGCAAGACAGAGCCAAAGAGCUGACUGUAAUGGAAGAAAUCUUCAAACACGAAGCUAGCAAACACAAAAAAUUCCAGCAGAGAAAAUGGAUGAACACGUUAGCAAAGAGAUGCUACAAAAUGGGCUUUGCUAUUACAGGUGAGGAUCUCCUCUCCACCCACCAACAGGGACUUGGGGAAGAAGGAUACCCCAUGUUUGAAAGUCUGUCGGAUUUUUGGUUUAUGUCUGGUUAGUAAAAGUUCAUCCUGUUCUGUUUCGAGUUGCUUGGGAGCAUAUUUUCAGGGAAUAGUAAAUCAUAGUUAUGACUAAUAUGAACAUAAUGUCGCUGAAUGUGAAUGGUUUGAAUACAUUGAGUAAAAGAGAAAGGGUGAUGACAAAACUGAAAAAGGAAAAAGCACAAAUUAUAUUCUUACAAGAGACUCAUUUAUCCAAAAUAGAACGUGAAAAAUUAAAAUCGUAUGGCUAUAGGAAUCUUUUGCAUCAAUUCAUAUAAAGAGGGGUGGAGAAGAGGUGUUGCAAUAUUAAUAUUGAACACAAUAAAAUUUUAUUACAAAAAGAAAUUAAAAGAUAAAGAAGGAAGAUAUAUAAUAUUAAAAGGAAGAAUAGAAAAUGAAUUAAUUACCUUGGUAAUUACACACAUCCGGAGAUAAACAAAAACCUUUUCAAGAACCUAUUUGAUGUAAAAGUGGUAGAAACAGAAAUAAUUCUAGGUUGUGGAUGUGAGUUAAAUAAAAACAUAUUUUUUCUGUUGUUUAUAACACAUCAGUGAAUAGAAUAACCUUUCUUCCAGUAUGCUAAUGAAAGCCAAUUUUGUAAUUUUUUUUUAAAAACAGUGAUUAUUUUUGAAAACUGAAUUACCAUAAGUAAACCUGGACAAUUGUAAAUAUUGUAAAUAGAUUAUGGGUGAAAGGAAAGAGACCUUGUAGGCAAAGGAAAAGGUUUGAAUUUGUAAUUAUCAUAUUUGUGAGGUUGUAGUUAAAAAAUAUGUGUAGACAUUUGACCUUGUCUGGUUGUAUGUGUGUACUUUCAUUUUGUAUUUGUAAUUUCUUCAUAUUUGUGUAUGCAUUUGGCCACAUAUUAACAAUUACCUGGAAUUAUCAACAAAUGUUCUUUUUACCGUUUCAAAAUCAUGUUGUAUGUGUGUAACUAUCCAAAGUUACACACAAAGAUGCUUACACAGAUUACAAAUCCUGUAUUUCGCACACGCACAGGCAUUUUGAGACUAUUUUCACUCCAUAUUAAUGAGAUUAACAGUGAGUGGAUGUCCAAUACUAAAUGAUGGAGAAAUAAGAGCAGUGAAUGACAGAGAAACUACAGUUUUAGAGAACAAGGAUUUAUUGCAGCAAAUGGAAGAUACAAAUGAUUCAUUUAAUAUGUUGUUUACAAUAACAGAAGUCAAUAGGGCACUUAAAAAAUAUAAAUGAUCACCUCUAGGAAAAGAUCAAAUUUGCUAUGCUGUGGUUAUAUGGAGUUUCGGUUUAUAAAGGAGAAAUGUUUGCUUUACUUUUAGCAGUUCAGUGGCUGGAAGAGGUAAAACCAUUAAAAUCAAUCAUUUGCUCAGAUUCUAGUUAUUCAUUAGUCAGUUUGCAACAUAACCAGUCAGACAGUGGACCAAAGAUAUUAAGUGAAAUAUAACAAAUACUUGGUAGAAUCAAUAUGAUGGGGCUUGCAGUAAUUUUUACAUGGGUUCCAGGAUAUCAUGGGGUUAAGGGGAAUGAAAUGGCUGACAGAUUGCUAAAGAGAGCACUAAUCAUGUAUUGGUUAAUAAAUGUUAAUGUUAGUUUUAGUAGAAAAGAAAUAAUGGGUAAACAAAAAUGAAAGAGAGGUGGCAAAAGUUAUGGGUAGAAGAAAGGAAAGGACAGAUGGUUUUAUAAAAUCCAAAGGAAAAUUGCAGAAAUGAGAUGAACAGGAGAGAAGAAAGAAUUAUUUCCCGACUUAGAAUUGGACACACUGGACUGAAUUGUACAUUAUUUUUGACAAACAUCAGACAGGGAAAUGUGACUGUGGGGAAGAUGAGAGAAACUGAAGAGAAGAAAUAAUUAUGAUCAGAUUAAGAGUAGGUCAUACCUAUUUAAAUGACAUUUUAUGUCUAAUAGGGAGGAGAAAUAAUGAUAAAUGUGAAAGAUGUGAAGAAAAAGAUGAUUGAUGAAUUGUAAAACAUAUGAACCUGAAAAGGAGAGACUGAGAAGAAUGGUUGGAAGGACAGGUCAAGAAUGGAGUCUUAAAGGAAUAUUGGGAAAUGAAGGAAACAUAGUGGAAAUUUACUGAUUAAGGAAAGCAUUAUUUAUUUAUCUUCAGAAUACAAAAUUAAUAAAUAGAAUUUAAUAGAUGUAAAGUAGUGUUGCUACACACUCAUAUACAGUAGGUGGCGGUAUGCAUCUUAAAGUUGCUUGCGAUCCCCCAUAAUAGAAAACAAGAAGAAAGAAGAAGAAGAAGAAGUCAUGAUUAAUGAUGUUUUUACAGAAGUAGAUCAGGAUGUCAUGCAGUUAUUAUUUGCUGAUGACGGAGCUUUGUGAAGAAAAGGGAAAAAUGUAAGAACAGUGUAUGAGAAAAUACAGAAUGCUAUUAAAUCUGUUGAAAAUUGGGGUUAUAACUGGGGAGUUAAAUUCUCAGUAAGUAAAACAAAGACUGUUGUAUUCAGUAGGAAGAAAAUUGAGGAAAUUGAUUUUAAAAUGUAUGGAGGGAAAAUAGAAAAAGGAAGUAAAUUUCGUUUUUUAGGAAUCAUGUUUGAUUCCAAGCUUUUAUGGAGUGAUCAUGUAAAGUAUAUUGAAGGGAAAUGUAAAAAAGUUAUAAAUAUAAUGAGGUGUUUAACAGGAUUAGAUUGGGGUGCAAAUAAAAUUAAUUUAAAAAAGAUUUAUAUUGCUUUGAUUAGAUCAGUGUUGGAUUAUGGGUGUGUAGUUUACAGGCAGGCUGUGAAAACAAUGAUUAGUAAAUUAGAAGUAAUUCAAAAUAAAGCUUUGAGAUUAUAUGCUAUGUAGUUUUGAAGACAUCUCCAUCUUUGGCAGUGCAGGUUGAAAUGGGAGAGAUUUCUUUAUAUUUAAGACAAAAGCAAAUUAUCCUGAAUUUGCAGGGACAUAAGAGGAGAAUAAUCCAGCAGUAAGAAUCCUGAGACUUUGCUGGGAGAGUGGAAAAGCUAAAAUAGAUUGU